GAUGGACAGGUCCACUAACUUCCUGCAUCAUCUGAAUAAAGCCAGUGAGGUUAAGAAGUUCGCAUUGCUCUGCAAUAAUGGCUCGACGUCCUGCUGUAGAUCAGGAGCUUUCAGCCAUCGUGAGUGAGUUGUGGAAGCUGGACGAGAACCGUGUGAAGCCAGGAAUAGACUACACCAUCAAUCUACAGGGGAAGGCUGGUUAUGUGGCCCACGGCAGUAACAAUGCUAGAGACAAAGCCCAUGCUCCUCUGUUCUUGUACGUCAACGAGGAUAAACUCAAAAGCAUUGCCACAUAUGCUAGCUUCAUAAAACUCUUGGACAACUAUGAGAUGUCCACAGGUGUGGCGGAGAAAGUGACUCAUGAGGAGCUGGAGGAGAACAACAUCUUCCUCGAUGCCAUCCUGCAGACCAAGGUCAUGAAGCGUGCUCAUGGGUAUUUAGUCAGUAAAGGACAAGCCUCCUGUGACGUUUCUCAGUUUAAAAGGCAGCUCUUUGACAUCUGGUUCAAACUCUAUCACAGAGACAGAAGUGGAGGUGAAGAUUCGUGUGGAUUUGAACACGUGUUUGUUGGUGAGACCAAGUACGGGAAAGAGAUCAUGGGUCUUCAUAACUGGGUUCAGUUUUACCUGCAGGAGAAGCUGAACGUUAUCGACUACAAGGGCUACAAGGCCAGAGAUAAAGACAUGCCGGAUGCGAACGAUCACGUCGUUAACCUGCAGUUCAGCUGGAAAGGCCUGGUGAAGCCAGUGGGAAGCUCCUUCAUUGGUGUCAGCCCUGAGUUUGAGGUGGCACUCUUCACCAUCAUCUUCCUCCAGAGUAAUGAACACGUUACCAACGCCAUUGUCAAAGUGGACGAGUACUUACUGGAGAUUGUGGUUUAUCGUUAUGGACGUGCUAUUGGAACGUCAUACCCCAAACUCCUCAGCAGCAACAACAGGGAUCUGUAGGUUCUCGACUGAUCAGGCUGUCAGGAUUUGAGUUUUCUUCCAUAUGGCUUUAUAAUCUGCACCAUUAUUUUUAGCAACAGGUUGUAUUUUCAAAAAACAAGACUGAGUGAGUCCUUAUAUUACAAUUAGAAUUGUUUACAUGAUAAAGUGAACCUGAUCAGUGCUCUAGUGCUUUUUUUACAAGCUUCAAGUGCCUUCACAGAUUUUGUUGCAUCUGAAGAACUAAAGCUGUUAUUCAUAUAUAAUGUUACAAGCAUGCGCAUACACUAUAUACUGUAUUAUACGACUUUUUGGAUGGGAAUUUCCAGGAUAAUUGACUGACUGAAUAAGUGCAUUAAAAAAAAAAAAAUACAAAAUAAACACGCACAAAAAUAACACAUCUUAAAAACGUUCACUAUAGCCCAGUGUUUGCACAGCUGGGUAACUAGUUUUAUGUUAGUCUUAUGAUUCUUACGAUCUUUGGCUCUAUUUUUUUGUUGUUUUUAAAGACUAAAUUAUAUCAAGUUGUCACGAAUAUUUGUUAAUGGUCUAUUAGAAUUUAUAGAGUACUGUUUAGUGCUACUUAUCAAUAACCUGCAUGGUUUUUUUUUAUUGCUAUUAUUAUGAUUUAAUGUCUUAUAUAUGCGAAUAAACAAUAACAAUAUCUUCAAGUCCAGAAAUAUUCGUUGCUGUUGGAUCAACAUGUAAUUUAGUCGAACAGUUCCAUCCAUUUUU